GGGAGGAAGGGAACGGACAGAUUAAAAAAAAAAGGCCAACUCACAUAAAAGGAGCAAAAUGAGGAAAGGUGUCCUAAAAUCCUAAUUACACUUCCAGGCUCCACCUCCACGGCCUUUUUUUAUUUCCUUUUUGAAUUUUUCUCUCUCUCUCUCUCUCAUCAUUUGAUUCUCUCUCGGAAAACAGUAAAUAACGAAACAGCUUGCAAUCCGAUAAAAAGAAUUUCUCAAAAUUUUGGUAUGAAAUAGAAGGAUCUGAAGAAAGCACCGAGUGAUAAUGGCUUGUAGAGGGUGCUUGGAGUGCAUACUUAAGCUCCUCAACUUGUUGCUGACCCUUGUGGGUUUGGCUAUGGUUGGUUAUGGGAUCUACUUGUUCGUCGAGUAUACAAGAGCUGCUGGUGGCGAUACACUGUUGGCGCCUGCGACUAAUGAUUCCAGUUUGAUACAGCUUGGUCGUCCAAUGCUUAUGGCUGUUUCCCUUUCAGAUAGUCUUGUUGAUAAGCUGCCUAAAGCUUGGUUCAUCUACUUAUUUAUUGGUGUAGGAUUGAUUCUCUUUGUCAUCUCUUGUUUUGGUUGCAUUGGAUCGGUAACACGAAAUGGAUGCUGCUUGAGUUGUUAUUCAGUUCUGGUUAUAUUGUUGAUAUUGAUAGAAUUGGGCUGUGCAGCCUUCAUUUUCUUUGACAAAAGUUGGAAAGAAGAAAUUCCAACUGACAAAACUGGAGAUUUUGACAUGAUAUAUGAUUUUCUGAAAGAGAAAUGGAAGAUUGUGCGAUGGGUUGCACUUGGAGUUGUUAUUUUGGAGGCGUUACUUUUCGUGUUAGCCCUUAUAGUUAGGGCAGCGAACAGACCUGCAGAAUAUGAUAGUGAUGAUGAGCUCAUUGCGCCGAGACAACAGAUCCGGCAGCCUUUGCUCAACAGGCCACCAGGUCCAGCGACGGGUGUACCUGUUGCUGGCACCCUUGAUCAGCGUCCUAGCAGAAAUGAUGCCUGGAGUACACGUAUGAGAGAAAAGUAUGGGCUUGAUACUUCUGAAUUCUCGUACAACCCAUCUGAGUCGCACCGGUUCCAGCAAGUAUCCACACAGCCUACAGAAGAAAGGAGCCGAUGCACCAUCAUGUGAUGAGUUUUUGGGUCUUGGUUACUAUGCACAGGUUUCUCGGACAAAGGGUGUGAGAGUUUUGUUGUUUCGAGUGUGUACUAUAGACAUUGUUCAGGAGUUAAAAGGAAAAAUUUCCACCCUUUCUAUGUCAUCUCUCCUAAAAACAACUAUUUCUGUAUGUUGCGAUUUAUACUCGAAAAAGUAUUUAUCCUGUUUUGGUUUUUGCUCUUA